AGCAGCGUGAGGAGGGCCGGCCCGGGAAGCCCAGGAGGAGGGCCAUGGCGCCGCUCGCCGGAGCACAUAUCCCGCCUUGUUGCUCGUCCGUCCUACCUCCUCAGUGGCAUGUUUCGAUUUCCUGUGGGGAGAUGCCGCAUACCUCGAGGCCACACUCGAGAAUCUCGAGUUCUCUAAUGAACUUGGAUGUAAGGGCGGCCUUGGUGUGGGAGGCGGCGUGGCCUCGGCAGAAGGACCAGACGGAGUCCAGUGUGGAAGGGAGCAAGAAGGAAGGGACAAUUUUUCGGGUCGAUUAUUGUUGUUCUGGGUUGAUUACCACAUCAACUAAGUUGUGUUCUCUUUUAAGCUCUCGAUCUGGAGCUGUACAUGCCCAGGAUGGUCUUGACGGCGCUGCUGCUACUGGGCACAAUUAUUUGAGCACGGAAGGAAACAAAGGUGCAUGGUCUCAUGAAGAGAGCAUUCUUUUAUGUGAGGUCAUAGCUGAAUGGAAUAUGAUUGAUGAAUGUUCAUUUGACUUUUGCGCAUAA